AUGUCGUCGUCGUCCACCCGAGGAGGCGAGCCUCCUGGCGGCGGCGGCAGCCAUGCCCAUGGCCCACGCGUCCAUGAGCUGGAGAGCCACCUCGACGCUCACCAGACGGAGGAAUCACGAACGCGGAGGGGGGGCGCCCACGACCACGAGCACGACCACGAACAGCUUCGCGUCCACGAGCAGCCUCGGCGGCCGUACAACUUCAGGAGGAGGCACCGGUCGGGCGCACUGGAGUGGGCGGCAGCGGUGCUGUUCACGGUGCUGGCGGUGGUGGUGCUGGUGGGCGCCGUGUCCAUCCUGGUGGUGGUGCUACUGCUGCAGCCCCGCGCGCCGUACGUGGCGGUGCGGGCGGCGAGCCUGGACAGGCUGGUGUACGACCAGCUCGGGGCGCUGGACGACGUGCAGCUCUCGCUCCGCGUCGAGGCCCGCAACGACAACGCGCACUCCGUGGCGAUCUUCUCGCGCCUCGAGUGCCGGCUCGCGUUCGCCGGCGCGGCACUCGUGGUGCUCCGGGCCGACACGUUCCGCGUGCCCGCCAGGGGCGCCCUGCCGCUGGCGUAUGUGGCGAGCGCGCAGGGUGCCCCGCUAGGCGUGGCUGGCAGCGCCGCCAUGGAGGCUGCGCUCCGCGACGGCUUCGUGCCGUUCGGGGUGGAGGGGGAGGCCAGGACGCGCUGGAAGGUCGCCGGUCUCGUUGCCGUCAACCAGUGGACGCGGCUCACGUGCCAAAUCCGCUUCUUCUGGCCUAACGGCACGGCGCUCCCCUUCAAAUGUAGCUCAAAGUCCAAGUUCGUGUUCUUCUGA